AUGAGCGUCCUGUCGCUGGCCGUCCUCUACCCGGCCGGCAACCUCAAGGCCGUGGACGCGUAUUUCUUCGGCGCCAGCGCGUCCACCGAGUCUGGCCUCAAUACGAUCGACGUCAAGGACCUUUACACGUUUCAGCAGUUGUACAUUUACUUCGUCCCCAUCUUCACCAACCUCGGCUUCAUCAAUGCCGUCGUGGCUCUGGUUCGAUUCCUCUGGUUCCGGAAGCACCUCAGCAAAGUCGCGCCCAAGCUGCUGAAAGGGAGUCGUGCCGUCAUCCCGCAACACCAUGAAGACGACGCGGAUGUUGAGGCCGCUGCAGAGGAGAGCCAUGCCGCCGACGAUAGCGGCAACAAAGACGCCAAGUCCUCUCAAGGCGAUAAUCUCGGGGAUGAGGCAGGUACCGAAAGGACCCGAACCAUCGCGUUUGACUCGUCGACGGAACAUCACCCCAAGAAUGACGCUGCACUGUACAUUCCUGGCCCGCGUGAUCGUGAGCAAGGCCAUCCCAUUCUGGAGGUUGCAACAAGCAAGGACAAUCGCGAUGAUCUCUCCAUUGUCCAUGGCCCUUCACCCGCCACACCCGGUCUUCGUAGGCGCCACCUGGACGGUCCUCAUCUCUCCGAGACACGCACCCUCGAUCGCGUCGCCAGCCUCGCCUCCUCCGCGUUGGUGCUUGGCUCCGAGCACACGUCUCGCGCGAGACGCCGCAACUCGGCCGUCUGGUCGUCGAGGCUCUCCCAGCAGGAGGCGGACGCGCGCUACAUGCUCGCCCUGUCGCGCCAUGCGACGCUCGGACGCAACUCGGACUUUCGAAACCUGACGGGCGAGGACAGGGCGAAGCUCGGCGGGAUAGAAUACCGCAGCUUGAAGCUCCUCAUCAAGAUAGCCUUUUCGUACUUUUUCGGACUGCACAUCUUUGGCGCCAUUUGCCUGGUCGGCUGGAUUCAGUACGCGGACCCGAAGUACAAGGAGGUCAUCGCGCAAGCCGGUCAGAACCAGAACUGGUGGGCCUUCUAUUCGGCGCAGACCAUGGUAGACAACCUUGGAUUCACUCUGACGCCCGACUCCAUGAUCUCGUUCCGCGACGCCCAGUGGCCCAUGUUCAUCAUGAGCUUCCUCGCUUUUGCAGGCAAUACGCUAUACCCGGUUUUUCUGCGCUUGGUCAUCUGGAUCAUGUCGAAGCUCGCGCCACGCCGGUCGUCCAUCCAGGAGCCGCUGAGCUUCCUGCUCAACCACCCCCGCCGAUGCUACACGCUCCUUUUCCCCAGCCGCCCGACUUGGAUUCUCUUCAGCAUCAUCUUCAUCCUCAAUCUUGUCGACACGCUGCUCAUCAUCGUGCUGGAUCUCGACAACCCGGAGGUCUCGUCACUGCCCGCUGGCCCUCGCCUUCUCGCCGCCAUCUUCCAGGCAGCCUCGGCGCGACACACGGGCACCGCCUCGUUCAAUCUUGCCAAUGUCAACCCUGCGGUGCAGUUCAGCCUGCUGAUCAUGAUGUACAUUGCUAUUUUCCCCAUUGCGAUAAGCAUGCGCGCGUCCAACACGUACGAGGAGCGCUCGCUCGGCAUCUACGAGGGGGAGAAGAACCUCGACGAGAGCAAUGGGAGAGACUAUUUCAUGACACACAUGCGGAACCAACUCAGCUUCGACCUGUGGUUCAUCUUUCUAGGAGUCUUUUGCAUAUGCAUUGCCGAGUCGGAGCGCAUCGUCGAUAACAAUAUUCCGUCUUUUACCGUCUGGACGGUCUUUUUCGAGGUCACUUCCGCGUACGGCAACGUGGGCCUCAGUCUGGGCUACCCCGACGUCGCGACAUCUCUGAGCGGCCUCUUUGGUACUUUCAGCAAGCUCGUUGUUUGCGCCAUGAUGAUUCGUGGGCGUCAUCGUGGGUUGCCGUAUGCGCUCGACAGGGCCGUCAUGCUGCCAGACGAGCGUGCCCUAUCCGCCACCGCGGGCGAGGAGGCUGAAGGAGAAUGA